CUGCCAGAUAAACGUCAGAUAGGGCGAUAGCCAGCUGUUUGCGAAGAAAAACAAAUUUAACAAAUUGUGAAAAGUUAAAUGCAAGCGUUAUUAACGACCACGUCACAUCCCGUCGCUCAACAUGAGGUUUUGGCUAAUUGGUAGUGCUGCCGCCCUAUUCCUCGCCCUUCGAGCAGCGGCGGACAUCAGUGGCCCGGAGCUGCCCAACAACAUCACCACCAUUAACUCCACCUCAGCAGAAAGUACCAACUCCACUCACGCUUCGCCCGAAGUGACAGCCAGCAGUCCUCAGGGGAAUUUGUCGUUCUCAACUGCUACUUCUGGUAAUGGAAACAACACGAGGAAGGGUAACGCUACAACAGUGGCCACGGAGCCACCGCUCAUCGAUUCUCAUGCCGUCGAGCAGGAGCAUAACUCCUCGCUGUCCUUGUUCUUCGUUAUCUGCGUAAUCAUGCUGGGCAUUCUGCUGAUCCACUCCAUGCUGCAGACUGGAUUCCAGUACCUGCCGGAGAGCAUAGUGGUGGUCUUCCUGGGCGCCUUCAUCGGUCUGUCGCUGAACGUGAUGUCCGGAGAGAAUGGCAGCUGGAAGCGCGAGGAGGUCUUCUCGCCCAUGGGCUUCUUUCUGGUGCUUCUACCGCCAAUUAUAUUCGAGUCCGGCUACAAUCUGCACAAGGGAAACUUUUUUCAAAACAUCGGAUCUAUACUGGUCUUCGCCAUAUUCGGCACAACGAUUUCUGCAUUGGUCAUCGGGGCGGGAAUUUAUCUACUGGGCCUGGCAGAGGUGGCGUUUAGACUCAGCUUUUCCGAGUCAUUUGCCUUUGGCUCGCUUAUCUCCGCGGUGGAUCCUGUCGCAACUGUGGCUAUUUUCCAUGCCCUGGACGUGGACCCUAUUCUCAACAUGUUGGUGUUCGGAGAAAGUAUCCUGAACGACGCCAUAUCGAUUGUACUGACUGCCUCCAUCACCCAGUCGGCCAACGCAAAUGCUGAGGCCAGCACUGGGGAGGCCAUGUUCAGUGCAUUAAAGACUUUCUGCGCCAUGUUUUUUGCUUCUGCGGGCAUUGGAGUCAUAUUUGCCCUAAUAUCGGCACUACUUCUCAAGCACAUAGAUUUGCGAAAGCAUCCGUCCCUGGAGUUCGCCAUGAUGCUUAUGUUUACCUACGCCCCCUACGUCUUGGCCGAAGGAAUACAUUUAAGCGGUAUCAUGGCCAUACUAUUUUGCGGAAUCGUCAUGUCUCACUACACGCAUUUCAACCUAUCAACUGUCACUCAAAUCACCAUGCAACAGACGAUGCGGACAUUGGCUUUCAUAGCUGAAACCUGCGUUUUUGCUUAUCUUGGCUUGGCAAUUUUUUCGUUCAAACACCAAGUUGAAUUAUCAUUUGUUAUAUGGGCAAUAGUACUUUGCCUAAUUGGACGCGCCUGCAACAUUUUUCCGCUAGCGUUCUUGGUCAACAAGUUCCGGGAGCAUAAGAUCAACAACAAGAUGCAGUUCAUCAUGUGGUUUUCAGGCCUACGCGGAGCCAUUUCCUACGCACUGUCUUUGCACUUAAACCUCGACAGCCAGGAGAAGCGCCACGUCAUCAUAACAACUACACUGAUCAUCGUGCUGUUCACUACGCUAGUACUGGGCGGCUCGACGAUGCCGUUGCUGAAAUAUCUUAAGCCAGGCAAGAAACGCCGCACACGAGGCUCUGUGCGUAAUACCCCUGAUGAGAGUGGCCGUCGAAGUGGAAGCGGCCGAAAGCGGUCGAAAUCUAUUUCCCUGUCGAAGACUCGUGAAUGGGGUCAGGCAAUCGACUCGGAGCACCUGUCGGAACUGACUGAGGAGGAGGACGUCACCUUUACACAGGCCCGCGAUCGCUUUGGGCGCAUGGAUCGCAAAUACUUUAUUCCUUUCUUUACGCGACGGUUUAACAGUCAGGAACUGCACGAAUGCAAGUCGCAAAUGGCCGACCUGACUAACAAGUGGUACCAAGCCAUUCGUGUGAGUCCAUUGGAUUCGGAUGAAUCUGAUGAAGAGAUCGGGCUGGCGGCCAGCACAAGUCAGAGUCAUCUGACACGAUCGUAGGAAUUCGAGGGCUGUUUUGGGGAACACUGGCUGUGUUGGGUAACUUCGGUGGCCAAAGAGAACGAUCGUAUUUAUUAAUUAAGUUGUUCUAGUUAAAAUUUAUCGUAUUUACUUAUACAACGCGGUGGUGGUAAUUGUUAACUCGUCUAUACUUUCCUUGUUCCAAAAUGUUUAUUUUUUAUCCGUAUCUUACUAGUUCCUUUAUUUAUCCGCUUCAAACAGUAUUUCGUUGCGCACAAAAGUUGGUCUUCAAAAUAGCAAUUGCGACGUCACAAAAACAGACUACGUCAGAAAAUUAUCUUUAAACUAUUUAUUGAUACUUGAAUGUAUGUUAUGACUGUAUUUGUGAUUUUGUACAUUGAAACCAAAUAUAAUACAUAAUUAAAUGUGAUACCAUUAACAAAAUGUGAUCUUGACCGGCUUGGUGAAAUUACAUUUUUUGUUAAGGAAAAAUAUAA